UGAGCUGGAGGCUCCCCGUGCACAAGGGUAACUGCCUGGGGGGUGAGCUGAGACUGACUCGCGGGGAAGAGAAAAAGACAGUUGCUCGUGUGAGGUCGUCAGUUGGUGGUGCAGGGAGGAGAGACAGAGCAGCAGCGGAGGUGUGAGCACCGGACGAUAGAGGAGAGGUGAACUUAUGGAAAGAUUUGGGGGAGUGUAUCCACGAAGCUCCCUGCCACCCGCAUUGAUCGAUCCGCUGUAAGCCGAACAGAGGCGAAUGGAUCUCGUCUAUGACCCAUCAGAAGCCGCACUGAAGUCCGCCUCCUAAGUGAGUGGCGGUACGUACUGGCAAGGCAGAGAGCUAGGAGGGAGGUGCGGCUGGGAUACUAAGAGCGAUGCGACCCUCCGGAGCUGCUGGAUAGAGGACACAGCCUCAUAGAGACUGAAGGGCAGCUGUCCUGGCCAAUAAUUGAGUUGGGAGGAGGAGUCGAGGGAGAGGCUAUUCCCCUUUCAGGCUGACAGAUGAAUACGGUUGCCUUGGCAACGGGUCUAUCCUGUCUCACUCUUUCACACGUCACACGUCUGUCAAUAGAUGGUAUCGAACUGAUGACGUAAUGACGACUUCCGGCAGCUGUCCGGCCACUUCACGAGCACGGUGCAUUCUUCCUAUAAAGGGUUGCCUUGGCAACGGGUCUAUCCUGUCUCACUCUUUCACACGUCACACGUCUGUCAAUAGAUGGUAUCGAACUGAUGACGUAAUGACGACUUCCGGCAGCUGUCCGGCCACUUCGCGAGCACGGUGCAUUCUUCCUAUAAAGUUACUGGAAUAGAAAUAACACAUGUUUUACAUUUUCCUGUAUGAGACAUGGGGUGAUACUAUACCUCUUGCUUGGGACACAAAAAAUGAAGAAAAGACAUUUUAAAAUGAAGGUACUCUCCCAGAAUUAUCAUCCUACCUAGGAUGCCCCUCCUGAAGCCCGGGGGUCUUCUCUGUGCAAGUCUCACAGCACUGGACAGAAAACACUUAGGAUGGAAGAUAUAUUUCUAGAUUCAGACAUUGACUUCAUCACCAGCCUACUAGAAAUGUACCGUGGACUGGAGUGUUUAUGGAAGAUCAAAGCCAAGGGCUAUUCUGAUAAAGUGCGACAGAAUGAGGCCUUGGAGGAACUAGUGGAGUACUGCAGGCCCUUUGUGUCCGGUGCUAACAAAGAAUGGGUCAAGAAAAAGAUCCAGAACCUGCGUACGGUGUUCCUCAAAGAACAUAAAAUAAUGGAACAGUCUAAAAGGUCUGGAGCAGGUUCUUCCCAGAUUUACAAGGCCUUGCUCUGGUACUAUCCUAUGCUGAAGUUUGUCCUGGACCAGGAGGCUACUCGGACAGGUUUCGCCUCCCUCGCUCGGACUGUCACACCAGACCCUGAAGACGGCGACCUAUCUCUGUCGGCAUCUAGUGGAGGUGUGGAGAUUCCCGCCACCCAAGACUUCAGCAUCAUCCAGGAUAUGGAGGAAUCCCAGCCCCAAGUUCCUACCCCUGAAACACCUGCUACCCCUCAUACCUCUGCAGCACCAGCUCCUCCACCGUGCCCCGGAAUAAAAAAAAAACACCGGCCAGGAGGCCGAAGACCUCAUAUUUGAGGAAAUAAAGUCAAGACUUGCCAAGCCCUCUCCCCAACGCCCCCUCCCCGACAACUACUCCAAGUUUGGGGAAUUAUGGCAUCUGCAAUGCAAAACCUGCCCACGGGUCAAGCGGAGCAGAUUCAGCGUCUCAAUUUAAAGAUGCUGAACAAAGCCCGAAAAUCCAAACUACAUAAUGAUGUCCCACUAUUCGACUGCCGUGCUUUCACUCUUCCUCCCACCCAAUCCCAUCUUAUUCCGCCCACCCAACCGCAUCUCAUUCCACCCACCCAACCAACCACAGCCUACUCCCCCUCCCACCUGCUCCUCAGCCAUAUACUCUGCUAUGCUGGAGGCAGAGGAGGACAUGCCCCAGCUUGAAGAUUUGUAGGCAUCUUAUAAUUUCCAAUAAAUAUGGUGCGGUAUAGGCUAUAUGGUGUUUUGGGCCCAGAUUUUUGGGGUAGGAUACACGCAUGCUGUAGGUGCAUAAUAAUGGGGCCGGGACCAUUCAUUCUGCACUUUACAGCAUGUGUGUAUUCUCCCAAUCCAAUCUGUGCCCAAAACACCAUAUAGCCCUCCAUUUUAGGAGUGAAAGUACCUCCCCAUAUUUAUUGGGAAUGAUAAGUAAAAUAAACUAUUAUUAAAUCCUUUUAAUUAUUUCAUUUUAUAUAUAUAUCCAAAUUGUGAUAUGCUGGUUUUUUUUUUAACAUUUUUAUGU